UGCAGCUCAGCCUGUAGCGCGACAGCAACUACAUUUUAGUAAAAUUAAAUUUUGGGGGAAAAUAAAUACGCGUUUGCAAGAAUAAAAUAAAUGGCUGACGAGGAGAAUCUACCGUCGGGAUGGGAGAAAAGAAUGAGCCGCAGUUCAGGCAAGGUGUAUUACUUCAACCACAUCACCAAUGCCAGCCAGUGGGAGCGUCCGGUUGGGGAUGGACGUGGAGAGCCAGAUAAGGUACGCUGCUCUCAUCUCCUGGUGAAGCAUAAUCAGUCACGUCGCCCAUCCUCCUGGCGGGAACAAAAUAUCACACGAUCUAAAGAUGAGGCCCUGGAUCUCAUUCAGAAGUACAUAGAACAGAUCAAGUCUGGACAGGAGAAGUUUGAGUCCCUGGCCUCUCAGUUCAGCGACUGCAGCUCGGCUAAGAACGGUGGAGACCUGGGACUGUUCGGCAGAGGUCAAAUGCAGAAACCUUUUGAAGACGCCUCCUUUGCUCUCAAAGUUGGAGACAUGAGUGGUCCUGUUUUUACUGACUCUGGUGUCCACAUCAUCCUACGUACUGGUUGAAAGGAAGAGGCAAUAUCCUGUACUUUUCCUUUUUGUCUUGUCUUCACAAAUACACACACACACACACACACAAACACACAGUUCAACCCAACCAGACCUGUGAUUUAUUAUAAUGAUACACGCCACUCAAUAAACAAAGCUUAUGGGCUGAAGCACAUUAUUUUAAGAGGGAUAAUUUUGCUCCGUGCACCAUCAACGUAUGACUAACUUAAUGACACUGAACAUCAACAAUUACUGCAGAUUAUUCCUGUUAGGAGCUCAAGCUUUUAUUAACCAUGGCAAUGCCAUUAUAUAACAACAUGAGUGCCUGUGACUCUGUUGAAGUGAUUGCCCCCGAGGAAACAGUUUCACAUGAUGAGUGAAGUACAAGAAUGCGUCUGUAAAAGCUUGUGUUUUUGUAUGUAUGCAUGUCUGCAAAUGGACCAUUUACUGUAUGUUUUCCUUUUUCCAUCUCUGCUGUAUGUGUGCCAAAGCAGUUCCUGUGUCUGUAUUAUUGUUUUGGGACAUAAAUUCAUUAGAUGUUUAAGAUACCUUCUAGCCGUUGCAGACCUCAGCAGUUGGAGAAAGCACUGUUAUUCUGAUUUCUCCGCAUUUAAUAUGAAUUCAAAUAGUUUGUCCCUUGCAGAUAUUCAGAAACAAAGAGUAAUUUGUUUUUAAUAAUCCACCUUUAAAAAAAAAUGCAUGUUUACCCCUUAGGAUAUGCAAAUAUGGCACAAUUGAAAACUUCCAGGAUUUAACAAUCACUGCGCAGCUUUUAAAAGCAUCAAAGUCCAGAUGAACUGUUAUACUGUUGUAUCAUUGGGGCUCUUCUUCCAUCAAUAAAAAUCUCUUUUUUUGUAA